CCGACGCAACCUUUGCAAUGUCGCGCUGACGUGCGGGCCCCAGACCAGCUCCACAUACCACGCUUCUCUGCUCUUGCCCACAGAGUAGUCACGCGCUCCACAGCUCAAGCUCGCGCUCCGUGAACUCGUGAAGGCGCCUGAACCCUCAGCCUCUCUCGGGAAUGGAGGAGCUGAGUGGCUUCCUGGCGGCGGCGGCUGUGUUGUUCGUAAUGGCUGUAUCAGCGGCGCCGCACGGCGCGGAGGCGAAGACGACGAUCGAGCCGUGCUCCGGGUCGGACUCGUGCCCGGCGCUUCUGGGCUACACGCUCUACGCCGACAUGAAGGUGUCCGAGGUGGCCGCGCACUUCGGCGCCGACCCGGCGGCGCUGCUGGCCGCCAACGCGCUCGACUUCGAGGCCCCCGGGGCGGCGCACCGCAUCCUGCCCAUGGGUCUCUUCGUGCGCGUGCCCACCCGCUGCGCCUGUGCCGACGGCGUCCGCAAGUCGAUCUCCGUCCGCUACGCCGCGCGCCCAGCCGAGACGCUCGCCACCGUAGCCGACGUCGUCUUCGCGGGGCUCGUAUCCGCCGACCAGAUCCGCAACGAGAACGGACUCGCAUCCACCGACCCCGAAGCGCCGCUCGACGCCGGCCAGAAGCUGGUCAUACCGCUGCCAUGCGUCUGCUUCAACUCCUCCGACAACAACCUGCCCGCCCAGUACCUCUCCUACGUCGUGCAGAUCGGGGAUACCGUGCCCGCCAUCGCCGCAAGCUACGAGACCACUGUCACGGAUAUCAUGAAUGUAAAUGCCAUGGGGAGUCCCGCCGCCGCGCCGGGCGACAUUCUCGCGAUCCCAUUGCCAGCGUGUGCAUCUACAUUUCCAAAAUCUGCUUCAGACCAUGGGUUGAUUGUAGCAAAUGGGACAUAUGUGCUUACUGCUGGCAACUGUGUGCAGUGUAGUUGUGGACCAGUCAGUCUCAAUUUGUAUUGCACACCAGCUUCAUUAUCAGGAUCAUGUCCACGCAUGCAGUGUCCUAACAGCAAUGCGAUGCUUGGCAAUGUGAGCACCCAUCCCACCAGUGCAGGCUGCAAUGUUUCUUCUUGCAGCUACGGAGGUUUUGUUAACGGAACUAUUUCUACUUCGCUAAGCACAGGUCUUCAAUCAAGAUGCCCAGGACCACAUCAAUUUCCUGCACUCACCGAUCCACCUACCACAGUGAACCAUGAUUCGACAUAUCUUCCUCCGUUAUCAGCACCGGCACCUGCAGAAGCCGGUGGUGUCAUUCCUGCACCAGACUCGUCGGUGCAAGGAGGGUCCUUCACACUCCCAAAAGUCUCUCAAGCAAAUGGCGGCCCAGCUGGAAGCGUUUCGGCAGCUCCUUCGAUGCACAUACCACGUCAAGUUCUACCCUUUUUCAUUUCUUGCCUAGUUUUCUACUUGCAUAUGUGAAUCGCCAUGUAGUAAAAUGGAAGCCUCAUUUAGGCUGGCAAGUGAGCGGUACGAUGACGGCAAUGCUUUUGAAGCAGCAAUCUUGCUAAGGGGUAUCAUUUACCUCUGAGUUCUGAUCGACUUUAUUUCGCAAAAUUCCCCAGCUAUUGUGCCUAAGAAGCAUUCUGAAGAUAUCUUUGCAGCUUUUGUACAAAGAUAGAUAUGACCCUGCUGUGAUGUGAAAAGUGGUAGGUUGAGCUCUUCCCAACAGA